AUGAAGCUCGUGAGAUCUUUGAUGAAAUUGAGUCACGAAACUGUAACCAUCGAAUUAAAGAAUGGAACACAGGUCCAUGGAACAAUCACAGGUGUAGAUGUCAGCAUGAAUACUCAUCUUAAAGCUGUGAAAAUGACCCUGAAGAACCGAGAACCUGUACAGCUGGAAACACUGAGUAUUCGAGGAAAUAACAUUCGAUAUUUUAUUCUGCCAGAUAGCUUACCUCUGGAUACACUACUUGUGGAUGUUGAACCGAAGGUGAAAUCUAAGAAAAGGGAAGCUGUUGCAGGAAGAGGUCGAGGAAGAGGAAGAGGAUGUGGCCAGGGCAAAGGAAGAGGGGGUCCUAGGCGAUAA